UCAUUACGUAACCACACUAUCUUGUUUGUCUAUUCUCUCGUACUUGAAAGAAAUCUUGAGCGAACAUGAAAUAGUCUGUUAUGAAAACAGUCGACAAGCAUUAUUGGUGACAUUUAGUAAUUAAAUCUAGUGUUUAAUUUCCAUGAACGAUGGUGUGGGUGAAAGAAUCCGAAUCUCGGAGAUUUGCCCGUGAUUGCAUGACCAGCGUGGGAUGCGAAGAAAAGGUAGCGGAAAUGGUCUCAAAUCUUCUGAUCACGGCAGAUGUCAAGGGUCAUAAAAGCCAUGGACUCAACAGGGUCCUUAUAUACAUGAAAGAGGUUCAGUCCGGCUUCACCAAAGCCAACGGACAACCGAAGAUCCUACAGGAAACUGUAUCCACUGCUUGGGUGGACGGUGAUUCAUCUCUAGGUGUCGUGGUUGGAGAGUUUGCUAUGAACCUGGCCAUCAAAAAGGCCAAGGCCACGGGCAUCGGUUGGGUGAGUGCCAAGCGCUCGAACCACUUUGGCGUUGCCUCCCAUUAUUCUGAGAUGGCCAUGAAGGAGCGCCUCCUAGGAAUGGCCUUCACCAACUCUCAUCCUCUUAUGGUCCCAACUCGGGCCAAGGAACCAACUUUGGGCUCCAAUCCCAUUGCUUGUGCAGCCCCAGGUUCCGGGGAGGAUUCCUUUUCUCUGGACAUGGCCACCACGUGCAAGGCUGCGGGUAAAAUUGAGCUCUUUCGUCGCCAGGGUAAAUCUAUUCCUGAAGGGUGGGCGGUGGAUAGCGAUGGAAAAUCGACAACUGAUCCAGAAGAGGCUGUCCGUGGCCAACCCAAACUAAUGCCAUUGGGCGGGGUCGAGGACAAUUCGGGUUACAAAGGAUUCGGUCUCGGAAUGAUGGUGGAUAUAUUUUGCGGGGUCCUCUCUGGCUCUGGCUACGGCCCGUUCAUGGCCAAAUGGAUGCCUCUAACGAACAUCUCUUACACGGACGAGAAGAACUUUGGACAAUGCUUCAUGGCUUUGGAUCCUAGUUGUUUCGCUCCGGGUUUUGAAGAUCGUUUGCAAGCAUUAUUAGACCACAUCCGUCAGAUGGAGUCCAUAGAUCCAGACCUACCAGUCAAGGUUCCCGGGGAUUUAGAGCGCGAAUCUACCCAACGAAUCCGGUCUGGCAAUGGAGCCAUCGAUUACCCAGAGCAACUCAUUACCUCCAUGAGAGAGAUGGCUCUGAAAAGCGGCAUCACUCCAAUGGAGCCCAUUAAAUCCUCGUGAGGGCAAUUCAUAUGGAUUUAUUCCAAUCGAUAAAACAAAUAAAGGUGGCUUUAACAAUGAAAAAUAUGAAAAGAGUCUCUUCUUGUGGGUCGAUGUUCACUACU